AUGGUGGCGGCGCGGCAGCAGCAACGGCGGCGGCGGCGGCACUGGGGCGUGCUGGUGCUGUUGGCGGCAUACGUGGGUUAUCUGGGUCUGGGCGCCGUCGUGCUGCAGGCGCUGGAGCGGCCGGCCGAGGUGCAGGCGGCCCAGCAGCUCCUCCGGGAGCGCUUGGAGCUGCUGGCCAACCACACCUGCCUGCAGGGGCCCGCCCUGCAGCGGCUCGUCGAGGGUAUCGUCCAAGCCUACAAGAGUGGCAUAACCCUCCAGGGAAACACCACUAGCCUGGGCCGGUGGGACUACAGUGGGUCUUUCUUCUUCUCCAUAUCUGCAAUAACAACCAUUGGCUAUGGGAACCUGAGCCCCAGCACUGCAGUUGGUCGAAUCUUCUGCAUUGUGUUUGCACUUUUUGGGAUCCCCUUGAACCUUGUACUCCUGAACGAAAUUGGGCACCUGAUGCUGCUUGGGGUUCAGCAUUGUGCCCGUCACCUAGAGGAGGUGUUUCACUGGCAGAAUAAAACUUCCUUCCUGAUGAAGACCUGUGCACUGGUAACUGGCUUGUUAUUGUUCCUCCUGCUACCUCCCUUGUUAUUCUCUGACAAAGAAGGCUGGUCUUAUGAAGAAGGCUUCUACUAUUCCUUCAUUACCCUCAGCACUAUAGGGUUUGGAGACUAUGUGAUUGGGAUGAACCCAGAUCGCACCUAUCCAAGCUGGUACAAGAAUGUCAUCUCUCUGUGGAUCCUCUUUGGGAUGGCCUGGCUAGCACUGGUUAUCAAAUUUUGCAUCAACCUUCUAGAGAGCUCCAGUGACUUCUGUCAAUGCAACAAGAACACAGAGAUGGCUGAAGAUUUAAUGGAUGGUAACAAAAAUAGCAUGACUGGACUUCAAAAUGCAGACAUCUGCUGUGACAAAGACACAAAAGCGAAAGGACCAGUUGAUUCUCACUCUUACACAGCUCCUACAGAAGCCCUCUAGGGAAGAAAAAUGUUUUCAGUGUCCUGUAGGUUUUAGUGCACCAGAGAUGAACUAUGUAGAAAUGUGUACGUGGAGCUGCUCUGACCUGUGAAUGAGGUGAAAGUUUGCUUAUUGAGCUUGAAAUGGUUUUAUUUUGAAUUGAGCAAUGACAGAAUGUUUCAUUUCCAGCACCACCAAGUACUACUGACAGGACUCUUAGCCAAAAGUAGAUUUAUGGAAAUAUUACCUGCCCUCCCACCUCAAUCUAUGAGGUAAUCUGACAUCCCUGAGCAACACUAGCUGUUGUGCAUUUCUUUGCAUGAUUCUUGCAGCCUCUAGUCAUACAAAUGGCACUUUGCAAAUGCCACAGCCAUAAAAGUGCCAUUGAAUGCAGGAAACAAAUGGCAUAUUGCCAAAAGAAAUGAAAAGCACUGAUUAAAGCUAUCUGGCAGUCAUGGCAGAUGUGCACCAUCACCUAUAUACUUGUGCUUGAGAAAGGUGAUGACAUGGUUUUGCUCUCUGGUCGUUCAUACGGGGAUGGCAAUGAGGAAGAGCUCAUAGAGGUGCCUGACAGAUCAUUCAAUUUUUUAAAAUGUAAUUUCUGCAUCAGAAGUCUGCUAACAGAAAGAGACUGGGUUUGCUAUUCCUUACUUCAGAACUUAUGUGGGUUCAUUCUUUGAAGUAUUUUGCAGACCAGAUGUCAUCAGCUCACUGUGACAGUUCAUUUAGAUAGCUUUGUAUUUUGUCACAUCUUGAAAGUCAGAAAAGGACGACUAGAGGCAAUUUUAAAAGUCAGUGGUUCCAACAUUUUCCUAUCACCAAGAUUAACAAGGUCUACUUCAGUCUAGAAACAGACUGAAUUUUCUUCAACUAUGACCAAGAGAUGCAACUGUGAUGAACUUUUCAUGUAAUGAAUAAUUAGUGUACCUGUUCUAUCUAACAUCUUAUAUAUAAUCACAACUGUCUUUGAUCUGUGGAAUGGCAUGCUUAUUUGGCUUUUGUGUCAGUCAUGAAACAGAACUUGGUUGGGUCGUUUUAGUUCCAUUAAAUUCUCAAAAAUCUUUGCCAUUUAUAAAGGCACAACAGAAUCUAACUCCUGGUGCUGUUUGU